AUGUCUUCGUCAACGCCAACGCCGCCGCUGCCAAUCACCACCACCGCACCGCUGACCACCGCCGGUUCCCCACCGCCGUCGGCCCCGGUCACCGUCACCGCCGCCGGUUCCCCCACGCCGCCGGCCCCGGUCACCUCCGCUGCGCCGACAACCGCUGUUUUCACGCCGGAAGAAGUCACCAGCAUUUUGCGGGAUCUCGUGACGGCCGUCCAGGGCAUCCAUCUGUACCUGGUCGGGCCGGCUGCGACUACCGCCGCCUACGGCCACCCCGCGCUGCCGUGGCCGUCCCAAGGCGCGCCUGCAAUGGGCGGACCACCGCUGCCGCCGUUCCAGGCGGGGCACCCCCCAGCGGGCCGCCUCCGCCGCUGUUGCACCUGCCCUGAUACUCGGUACCCGCGGCGAUCGCCGGGCCCCAUCCGUCGUUCCAGCCGCCGCCCGCCCCAGUGUCGUCCUGGCCGCAGUGGCCCGCGCCGGUUCUCGCGGCGCCAUCCGCGCCCGCCCCAGCGCCGCAGUGGCCGCACUGGCCCGCGCCGGUCCCAACCGCGCCAACCGCGCCGGUCCAGCUCCCACCGCUGCCGCCCAGCUCCGGACUGGGCCAUUUACACGGAGGCCGGGGACCCACCGGUACCCACGCUGCAGUCUGGGGCCUCGUCCGGCUCUGCGGGGGCCUAUGACGGUCUCCCCACCGUUGACCAGGCGCCGUCAUCAUCACUGCUCCGCACCGUCGAGCCGGUCGGCCAUGGCGCGCCGACCCAGACGCCGCCACGGUUCGCCAAGAUCGACUUCGCCACUUAUGACGGCACGGAGGACCCGCUUAACUGGCUCAAGCGGUGUGAGCAAUUUUUCCGUGGACAGCGCACGCUCGCGUCGGAGCGCACUUGGCUGGCAUCCUACCACCUCCGCGGUGCAGCCUAG